UUAGAGGGCGGAUCGAUACGUUUAAAUGGUUUAUACCUGGCACCCAUAUGGCCGUAACGAGGACUGGGCUGGUCAUCGGUUAUCUUCUGCACGUGUGACCGUUAUAUCACAACAUCUGGUCAGUGGGGAUGCAAAGAUGUAACCAGUCUGGAGAAUGGAGGAAUUUACCCUCCCCAUGCUCACGUGAAGCAAAUCAGGCAGCAUAUUUCCGGUGGACGAGUCCGAUCGAUGUACAGUAAACACAAGAGCGACCAUGCACUCGGCCGACCGAACCAGGAACCCCAGCAUUGACUUCCGAUGAAAACCCAGCUUGGUGCUUGACUAGAACUGACGUAUUUUGAAAAACAUGAAUUAUAAGUUUUAAAUGGAUGACUGUCACGGACAGCCGAGGAACCAAACUGGCCUUUGCAUUCACCCAGCGUGCUUCCUACCAAUUCUGGCCUAGCCGUGCCUCUAAGCGGACGUACCGAGCAGACAAAUCCUUUGUCGUCUGCUAACAGAUCGGUUUACGCUGAGGAUCCUACAAAAUGGCGGCGCAGGCCUCGUUCGAGCGUAGAGCGCUCAUAGUAGCCACUGUGGGUACCGUUGUAGGUUUUCUUUUUCAAAUUGUGGCAAUUUGUACCAAUAACUGGCUAGUUAUAUCAAUACCGGGAGGUGUGUAUCGCAAUGCAAGCCGCAGGUACCUUGUUCAAGCUUUCUCCGGCCUUUGGAGGAUCUGUCGGGUUGAAGUUUCGCGACUUGUGGCAGACGGCAAAACUGUUGAGACGAGACACGAUGAGUGUGAAUCGCACAACCUGUUUCCCACAGAAGAAGAAAUACGGCAAAACAAGGCGAUAGACAGUCACUAUUUAGAUGGGCCUAACGAACUGAUAAAGAUUGACUACACGAGGACAGCGAUUGCCUUCACGAUUAUCGCCAUCCUGUUGAUGGUGAUAGGUCACAUGUUUGCGGCGUACACCUUAAGGCGACCUCGAUACAUCAUCAAGAGGCUGACUGCCCUGCUGCAUCUCAUGACAGCGGCCUGUAUUCUCGUCCUGAACGAAGUGUUCUCCAGGAGCGUGGAACAUGGUUUGAAGAAUCUUCCCGAGAAGUAUCCACAAGGGGUAAAUUCAUCCUACGGCUUCUCCUACGUGUUCUCCUGGCUUGUGUUCGUUGUGUAUGUCGCUGCAGGACUCCUGUUUUUAUUCAUGUCACACAAAAGGAAAGCGGACAUGGCCGACACUGUUGACGUCAUGGCAGAGCAAGACGAACCAAUGCAGCUGGGAAGAGUUUGAAAUGUUCCCAAAGUCAUUUAUGUAUGCGCAUGUGCAAGAAAGUGGCAGUGAAGUUCCGGUUCCCCCGGAAGUAGAAUUGUGCCUCCGACCAAGUUUUGGUUGAAUGAUUCUGGACAUAAAGGGCACUUAAAGUCAAAUAGCUAAUAAUACUGAUGACACAUUGAGCCACAACACAACUCACUAGCAUUGUGUUGAUUGCAACAAAAGCCCUCAGGAUGAUCAGUUUCGCGUUUUCCGACAGUGGCUGGCCACCUUACAUUAUGCAAUACAUGCAAAUGAUUCUGUGAAUAUUAUGACGUAUUGUGACAACCAACCGAUACGCAUGGUGAUGCAGUGAUGGCAGCGUGCUUUACGUGGAUUGGAAAGCCAGAGAGAUCCAGCACCUUGAUUUAUUCUUUCUCAUCGAUCCUUUUGAACCGAUGUGAACAACCUGGCCUUGACCUUCAUUAACCAUCGAUUAAUUUGGAUAUGAUGUCAGAGAAAUUCCCGUAUGUCGAAUGGUGCUUUCCCUUGUGAUAUUGGUAGUGAUGAAAACCGCUGGUUGGUGUUCCUUUUGAAGAAAAUAUUUCACCAUUAUUUUUCAACCUUGAUUAGUAACUGUGUCGUGUGAUUUCCACUCCAAAUGGCUUCCAUUAUUGAUGACACUUCGUUCUUCACUCAAAUAUGUGUAUGGCAAGGAUAUACACUUUGUGGUUUAUUUUCACCAUUAAUUUAUGCAUAAAGAUUCCAUAAUACAAUACCACUGUUAGCGUACAUUAUCGUUGUAUAAUUUAUCAUAUGAAUAUAUAACACUGAAUCACCAGAUAGUUAAUAAGUACGUGCAGACUUAAACAACAGUGAAUUUCAAAGGUGCCAUAUUCAUGUCUAUGUGGUUGUUUAUUUGCAAUAUUAAACAAAAUGCAGUAUUCCUUAUCAGUUUUGAUGAUAAAUCAUUGAAACAAAAAUUGUCUAUGUAAACGGAUAUGAUGAUUGUGACAUUACUCUGCUCAAUGUGUAAAGUAAUAUGUAAUCUUUAAUGCAAUUUUCAUACUGAUGCACAUCCUUCUAUGUUGUCUGUUGACUUUGUAUGCAUGUAAUAACCAUGUCAUGUCAACAUGUACAAUCCUUAUAUCUAAUUAACACGGCAGGGAACCUGUAUAUAUUAUUAUGUGCACUGAUUUUCCAACUUGAAGCUUUUCAACAACAACCCUCAGCGUCCAUGCAUGAUAGAGUUUCCAUUGCUUAUAGACAUCAAUUCUUCAGUCCCUCAUCAGUGAUGUGACUGUUGUCAGCCGCUACUGAGUAUCAACCUUCAUAUUUCUAACUCAACAUCGUGCACUGGUUUUUGUUUCUAUUCUGCUGUAUCUGUUCGCUAUUUCAUGUUUGAGUCCAAAGAUUAUUGAUGCAAAUGGUUGAAUUGAACCACGUUUUAUUAAUUCACAGAUAAACUGGAGAGUUGACAGUUUUGUACAGGGGGAUAUUUACCUUCCUUCACCUGUGUCUUGUAACAAAUUUGCAAAAUGUGUAUUAAACAGAAUGUGCCAUAUUGCAUAUGUGUAAGAUCAACCCAACGGCAUAUUACAAUAAUGAUAAGCAAUCAUGAAAAAAGUGGAGUCUAAUAUUCGAAACCAUUUUACAUUUUAUCGCAGACUUAAAUUUGGAAGAAAAAGUACAAUUAGACAUAUUCCUAUAUUUUGUACAAUGGUACGUUGAGGACAUCUUAGCAUCCUGAUAUCCAGUACCUAAGCAAAUAUAUAAAAAAUGAAAUUAACGUUUCUUCUUGAAUGUUAGGUUGUUCGGAAAUGCACAGCUAAUAUUCUGGAGGUAUUUCCGGAAAUACGAUCUGCAAAUCAACAUUUUGCCCGGAAGGUAAAAUAGCUGGAGGGCUGAUCAAUAACUUUUAACGAAUAGACACGGAAAAGGUCUUGACUAAGUCGAUGGAUUGCGGAACCGACAAAGACCUAAUGAUCUGUAUUUAGAAUGCUCGAAAUCCCAAGGCGAGAUGAACAAAAGAAUAACAUGGUAUUGCAUUUGCUUGAUCUUAGAAACGAUUCUCAAAUUACUUUUCACCUUUCAAGAGAAAAAAACACGUCGAAAUAGACUUGCUGUAUGUCGUCAACCCACACUCAAUAACAUUAUCAGAUAUUUCCAAGAUCCAGAGUAAUCCUUCAUAUUUUGUCAGUUUAGUUUAGUUAUAUAGUAUUGAUGAUUUAAAAGGAAAAAGUCAUAUUCAUAUUGGUUUAACAUUUAAACUUCCAACAUUAUUAUUUCUUUGGGCACGAGAUUCUACAGGAUUACAUAAAGCAGAAUGACAUGAACAUGCUUCAAACAGCUUACUAGCCUAUCCUGAAAAUGUUAGUUAUAUAUUCAGGUUUGUCAAUUCCUUCUGUGCUCAUUGAGAAAGGUAUUGCGAUAUGAAGGCGCAGCGCAAUGUUAUAUGCAGUCUCAAUUAUAAUUUAUCUCAAACAGAUGUACACAAAAACAAGAUAGUGAAAAAGAUUAUAUGAUGGAUUACUGACAAUUAUUGGCGACUCUCCAAUACUAUACAAAUGUAUGAGCAACGUUUCCCGUGCAAUUCUAACAGCCAUGAGUUUUUGUUUGUUUAUGUGUGUUUCUUUUUCAAAUCUUUGGAUAUAACAUAACCAGAUGUGUCAUUUGAAUUGUUCUCACGUUUUGUGAUCGCUAUGUCCCCUGUUGCACGUACGUAAAAAAUAGCUCUUACAUUUUCCUUUUUUAAUUGUAUAUAGAUGUCCGCACAUUUUCAUUUUAGAUAUGCGCAUUACAUAUAUGUAUUUAGUAAGAUACAUUGGGAAUUAGGUGGGGGUUGAUCGUUUUGUGAGUGAAAGACCUUUGUUCUCAUUUUAGUGCACUCGGAUCACAGAUCCAAGUGCGAUUAUGUCGUUGCACGUUGUCUAUCCAGUCUGUUGGGGAAGCUCUAGAACUAUUGAAAUUAGAUUGUGAAAAAAUAUAUCGCAGAGAGCUGAAAACGUUUGAAAAAGGAUUUGUUUUUUUAUUAUGAUUAGGAAGUUUCCAAAGACUAGACAGAGAUGAACUGUGAACAUGACGGCAUAUCGACCAUCGGCUUUUGCUUUUGUAAACGAUAUCGCUAAAACAACAUUGAAUUACGUCUUAAAAACUAUAAUUGGCUUUUGCAUCGCACACACAGCACAAAAACAUAGGUUUUCCUUUUCCGGAAACCUGACCAAUUUGAACCGGAAGGUUUCGGGCCAGACACCUAAAUACUGUUUAAAAAAAUCAGAUGUUCUUCAGCUUGUUUCAAAUGUAAACGAAAAAGUUAAUCAAAACUUCGAUCAUUGAUUUUCAAGCACUAAAGUUUUGGAAUCUUUUCAAAACAUAUCCGGAAGGGUUUCGGAAAACGUAAAUAUGCUUUUUUUUUGUGGUGUCGUUUUCCUGCCCUAUGCCGUCAGACCAUGUUACACAUCUGCUUGGCAUCUCAGCGUUAAAAACAACCACACAUUCUCCAUCGAUGAACCAUCACUGCUUACGAUUUAGAACCGACGUCGGGGCCUCGGAUUGCAAAGUCUUCUCGGGUGCCGCAAUUGGCUGUGCAGAGUUAUGUCCCCUGGGCGUGUCCCGGAGCCGGAGACCUUGGUUCGAAUCUGGGUUUCCAGGUUCGUCAGCGCCAUAGCCGGGAUCAUGAGUAUUAAAAUGUGUUUAACACCUGUAUCGCUUUGGGUACCCCUCCACCAUUAAGAUGACACGUCGUAAUAUUACUGGAAUACUGACACUCACUCACUCACUCACU